CAGGUUUCCUAGGAAGUGAAGCUGUGACGGCGAGGCGUUGCCCGGCCGCUCUUGGUUAAAAGUACUCGGGGGUUAGUUCCUUUUGCCCUUAGUAGACAUGGCGCUGGCCAGCGUGUUGGAGACGCCGUUACCUGUGAACCAGCGCGGGUUUUUCGGACUCGGGGGUCGUACGGAUCUGCUGGAUUUGGGUCCAGGGAGUCCCAGUGAUGGGCUGAGCCUGACCGCGCCCGGCUGGGGCGUCCCAGAGGAGCCGGGAAUCGAAAUGCUUCAUGGAACCACCACCCUGGCCUUCAAGUUUCGCCAUGGCGUCAUCGUUGCGGCUGACUCCCGGGCUACAGCAGGUGCAUAUAUCGCCUCGCAGACGGUAAAGAAAGUCAUAGAGAUCAACCCCUACCUGCUGGGCACCAUGGCUGGGGGCGCAGCAGACUGCAGCUUCUGGGAGCGCCUGCUGGCCCGGCAGUGUCGGAUCUAUGAGCUUCGUAACAAGGAGCGCAUCUCAGUGGCAGCUGCCUCCAAGCUGCUGGCCAACAUGGUCUACCAGUACAAAGGCAUGGGGCUGUCCAUGGGCACCAUGAUCUGCGGCUGGGAUAAGCGGGGCCCGGGCCUCUACUACGUGGACAGUGAAGGGAACCGAAUCUCUGGAGCCACCUUCUCUGUAGGUUCGGGCUCUGUGUAUGCUUAUGGCGUCAUGGAUCGAGGCUAUUCUUACGACCUAGAAGUGGAGCAGGCCUAUGAUCUGGCCCGCCGCGCCAUCUACCAAGCCACCUACAGAGAUGCCUACUCAGGAGGCGCUGUCAACCUCUACCACGUGCGGGAGGAUGGCUGGAUCCGGGUCUCCAGUGACAAUGUAGCUGAUCUGCACGACAAGUAUAGUGGAUCCACCCCCUGAAAGGGUGCAGACAGACGGCUACUUGCAUUUCUUGGGGUGACUGUCACUGGUGAUAAGGAUACAGCACCACUUCCUAUAGUGGAGGGGUCCAGAAUUUUAUCGAUGCUUUUUGAAAGUUCUGGAACACUGACCUCUGUAUGUUACCAGGUGUUAGUGAGCUGCUGCAGAGUGUGACAAUUUGUUUAUUUUCUCGGAUGUUAACAUUACACUACCCACUACUCGA